AUGAAUCCGGAAAAACUUGCCAAACUUCAGAAUCAAGUUCGUAUUGGUGGUAAAGGAACACCUAGGCGUAAAGUUAAAAAGGUUUAUAAAACUGCUACAAAUGAUGAUAAGAAACUUCAAUCUACACUGAAAAAACUUAACGUUCAACCUAUUCAAGCAAUUGAAGAGGUUAACAUGUUUAAAGAAGAUGGCAAUGUAAUCCAUUUUACUGCCCCCAAAGUUCAUGCAUCAGUUCACGCGAAUACUUUUGCUAUCUAUGGUCAAGGCGAAGAUAAAGAACUUACUGAACUUGUACCGGGAAUUUUGAAUCAAUUAGGUCCUGAUUCACUUGCUUCACUUCGUAAAUUGGCUGAAUCAUAUCAACAAUUUAAUUUAGAUUCUCAACGUGUGCAAUCCGAAAAUACUGCAGAUGAUGAUGAUAUCCCUGAAUUAGUUGAAAAUUUUGAAGCAGCUAGUGAAUUAAAAAAGGAAGAUGUACCUGCUGAAGCAUCUGCUAGUGGUAGUGGAAGUGUUACGGAAGCCGUUACGACUGAAAAAACCGAAGGAAAAACAGUUGUUGAAGAGGUUGAUUGA